AUGGCACACGAAAAGGUCAACAAAAGCGACUUGUCUCAGGGCGAAUCAUUGGACGCCGGCUUCGAACGCAGUUCAUAUCGAGCAAGUCUCUUUGAUUUUUUUGCUUCUGGUUCCUCAUGCCAACUGCCAAAAUAUCCAUUUGUCACCAACUAUCAUGACGGUGAAGCGAUUUUGCAGAAAGAGAUCUAUAAGAUUCUACCAAAUUUCACUUAUGCAGACGGCGUACCGGAAAGAUUUGAGGGAACUGCCGAGACUAUUGCUGAGAUCUUCACCAUCACCAGGGAGUCAGACCCUGCCACUAAGCGGUUCUAG